CCUGGUUUGUGAAUGCAGGACAGUGGCCGGUGGAAGACAACUUUUGACAAGGGCAACAUCUGGGGAGAUGAGGCUGCUGUUAGGCAGGGUUCUCCUCUCAGCAGCCCGUCAGGGGACCAGGGGGUGUACUGGAGGGCCAGAUAAGGAAAUUCGGGUGCGAUUUGCUCCGAGCCCCACAGGUUUUCUACACCUGGGUGGUCUGCGCACUGCACUCUACAAUUACCUUUUUGCUAAGCAACAUGGAGGAGCUUUUAUUCUGCGCCUUGAAGACACAGAUAGAAGCCGCUUGGUUCCAGGAGCGGCGGAUGGCAUAGAAGAUAUGUUGGAGUGGGCAGGGAUCCCACCAGAUGAGAGUCCCCGGCGAGGAGGUCCUUACGGACCCUAUGAACAGUCACAGCGGCUGAACUUAUACCAUGAGGUGGCGCAAGCGUUGAUGGAAAGCGAAGCGGCUUACCGCUGCUUCUGUACUCCGCAGAGACUGGAGCUGAUCAAGAAAGAAGCGCUGAGGAGUAGACAGACACCCCGCUACGACAAUCGCUGCAGACAUCUUACCUCAAGCCAAGUGCAGGAAAAACUGUCAAAGAAUUUGCCUUUUGUGGUCCGGUUCCAGUUGCCAGGUGGGGCUCAUUCCUUCCAGGACUUGGUCUAUGGCUGGACACACCACGAUGUGGCGAGCGUGGAAGGAGACCCAGUGAUCUUGAAGCAGGACGGCUUUCCCACUUAUCACUUGGCUAAUGUGGUGGAUGACUACAAAAUGGCUGUGAGCCACGUCCUGAGGGGAGAAGAGUGGCUGAUCUCUACGACCAAACACCUGCUCCUGUACCGUGCCUUGGGCUGGCAACCUCCAGCAUAUGCUCACCUCCCGCUCCUGCUCAACAAAGAUGGCAGCAAACUUUCCAAACGACAGGGGGAUAUAUUUAUCCAGCACUUUGCGCAGAGAGGAUACCUGCCGGAUGCCCUGCUGGACAUUAUAACGAACUGCGGAUCAGGAUUCGCUGGAAAUCAGAUCGGCAGAACUCUCCCCGCACUAAUUCAGCAGUACAACCUGCAAAGCACCAGCACUCAUUCUGCCCUCCUGGAUCUGGAGAAACUUCCAGACUUCAACAGGGUUCACCUCACGCGGUGGAUUGAGGGUGCUGACACCCGGGCACAGUUGGUGGCACAGCUGCAGACGCUUCUGCAAGAGAAGCACAAGGAUCUGACAUUUGAUAAAGAGUAUAUUGAGAGGAUACUGGUGCUGAGGAAGGGGCAUUUGAACCUGCUGACAGAUCUACUGUCUCCAGAUUACUCGUAUCUGUGGGUCCGACCCUUCGUGCAGCUGGAAGAUCUGAAUCGCCUUUCAAGCGAAGCCAGUGAGAUUGGGCGUCUGGUUGUGCAGAUUUUGCAGAACAGCCACCAUGGCACCAGCCUGGAAGUGUUAAGUAAAGAGCUGAGGAAUGACCUGAAGCGGCUGAAAGCCACAAAAUAUAGCACGUCCAUGAAGCUUCUCCGACUGAUGCUCAGCGGGCUUGAGACAGGGCCAAGUGUUGCUGAGAUGAUGCUGUCGUUAGGACCCGAGGAGUCAAUCAUGCGGCUGCAGAAAGCUCUGUCCAGAUGACGUUUGGAUCCACCUGUCUCUAAAGCUUUUCAGUCAUUGCAGAAUCAGUGACUAGAACCAUUGUACAUAUGUGCCUUUUUUUUUUUUCUUAUUCGGCUGUUAAUUUGCAUUUGUCUGUAUUGUAAAAAAAUAAAAUAAUGUAAAUAUAAGCA